AUGUCCCACCUCACCUACUACAACUACGAAGGAGUCGGAAAAAGGAACCAACAAACGUUCAAAUACAGCCAAGCCGUACGCAUAGGUGAUCGCAUUGAAUGUUCCGGCCAAGGUGGCUGGGACCCCAACACUGGUGAAAUUUAUAAAGAGAUCAACGCGCAGAUCGACCAAGCUUUCAAGAACGUCGAGCUGAACUUGAAGAACGCUGGCGGCAAAGGAUGGGAGCAGGUCUUCCGCGUCAACUCGUACCAUGUCCCGAUCAACAAUGAAGCUUUGGAUGCAAUGGUCAGGAAAUUCAAAAAGUAUAUGCCGAAUCAUGAGCCCCUGUGGACGUGUGUGGGCGUGACAAGGUUGGGAGAGGAUGAUAUGAGAGUUGAGAUUGAGGUGGUCGCUCAUGAUCCGAAAUAG